CGACAUUGCUUUGCUAGUACUGUUUGCAGCUGUUUAUUUGCCUUUUCUAAAAAUAAUGUCACGGGUUUUAAUAGUUGGCGCUGGACUUACAGGCGGUAUAUGUGCUUGUCUGCUGCGGAGGGAGCUGCCAAACACAUUCAACAUAGUCGUGUGGGACAAAUCUCGGGGUGCAGGUGGGAGAAUGUCCACAAGCAGAAGUCCAAGCAAUCCUAAAUGCACGGUUGAUCUUGGUGCCCAGUACAUCAGUGCCACACCAUACUAUGCCCGUAUUCACAGCAGUUUUUAUGAAGAACUAUUAGCACAAGACCUUUUAAAGCCUCUCGUUGUACCUGUUGAAGACAUGAUGUAUAAAGAAGAUGGAAUUCUGAACUAUGUGACGCCCAGUGGCAUCUCUUCCAUUGUCAAACACUACCUCAAUAAGUCAGCAGGAGCAGAGGUGCUCUACAACCGACACGUCACGCACAUAUACCGGAAAGAUGCUGGCUGGGAAGUUUGUCACAAAGAGGGAGCACCAGAACGGUUUGACAUAGUGGUCCUAACCAUGCCAGUACCACAAAUACUUCAGCUGCAAGGAGACGUGGGAUCUUUGAUGGGGGAGAACCAGUUGAAGACGCUAAGAGCUGUCAGCUACUCUUCCCGCUACGCACUUGGACUCUUCAACAAAGCCGGCGUGCGGAUCGACGUCCCCUGGGCGGCCAAGUACUUCUCCAAUAAUCCCUGCAUUCGCUUCAUCGCCAUAGACAAUGAAAAGCGUAAUUUAGCGUCGAAUGACUUUGGGCCCUCUGUGGUGGUCCACACCAGUGUUCCCUUUGGAAUCCAGCACCUGGAGAAGGAGAAAGAUGCGGUGCAGAACAUCAUCCUUGAAGAGCUGGAGAAGGUGAUGCCAGGGCUUCCUCAACCUGACAGCAUCAAGUGUCAGAAGUGGAGAUAUUCCCAGGUGACAAGAUCAGUGGUGGAUUGCCCAGGGCAAAUGACAUUACUCUCCCAACCUUUGCUGGUGUGUGGGGGUGAUGGCUUCACACACUCCAAUUUCGACGGCUGCGUCGAAUCCGCCCUGAAGGUCUUUGAGAUUCUGAAGUCUUCGCUUUGAAAAGAGAGUCUACAUUUUGGGUUUUCGUUAUGGAUGCCAGCAUUGAUUUUAGAUUUGAGCCCCUCCUGGCAGGAAGAUGGAUAGCACAGAGCACGAAGAGAACUGUCUCGCUUGUAUCUGCAGACACGCUUGUUACAAAAACCAAUUAUACCGUCUGGGCCGGAUGCUGAGGAUUAGAGGAGGACAAAGAGAAGAGCGCAGACUGAUGCCUCAUACUGAACCUGCAGACGGCACCACAAUGCAGCAGUCGGUCUACUAAAGUCAAGCAAAUAUUAUCUGUUGUGUAAUUAUGUAAUGUGUGGGGAGCUGAUAUGUCCUGCUGUACACUCAAUUUAAAUUGUUAUUCAAAAGUUAUGUGUGUAACUUUGGUAAUACCAAAAUCAUUUACUAUCUCAGUUUUUGUUUUGUUUUUAAGUGAAAAUACAUUCUCAACUUUUUUCACUAAUUUAGUUUAAAAAGUUGCUGUGAAUACAAAAUUGGAUUUAAAAAAUAGAUAAAAACCAGUCAUAGAAUCUUAAUUAUAAUUUUAUAUUUAGGUUGAUUAAAAGAUAUGAAUGACCAGUCAUAGCUCUUAAAUUAUUUAUUUAUUUUAAAAUAUAUUUUAUUUUAUUUAAGUUGAUUAAAAGAGAUGAAUGACCGGUCAUACAAUCUCAAUUAUUUUUGAAAUAUGUUUUAUUUCAUUUAGGUUGAUUAAAAGAAAUGAAUGACCAGUCAUAACACUUAAAUUGUUUUAAAUGUAUUUUUAGUCAUGUU